AUGGCUUCUAAACCAGGGAUUCUCACCGAUUGGCCAUGGACAUGUCUUGGGAACUUUAAGUACCUGGUAUUGGCUCCUUGGGCAAUUCAAGAAACGUAUUCGUUCAUAGUGAGUGAUGAAAGUGAGAGGGAUCUUUCACAUUUUCUUAUAUUCCCAUUCUUAUUACUAAGAAUGCUGCACAAUCAAAUAUGGAUUUCGCUAUCUCGAUACAAUACUGCAAGAGGUACUAGCAGGAUUGUUGACAAGACUAUCGAAUUUGAGCAAGUUGAUAGAGAAAGAAACUGGGAUGACCAAAUUAUAUUUAAUGGGAUUUUGUUCUACUUGGGUGGCAAGUAUCUCAAGGGAGGUGACCAUCUGCCAUUGUGGAGGACAGAUGGGAUAAUAUUAACAGCUUUGCUUCAUGCCGGUCCAGUGGAGUUCCUCUACUACUGGCUUCACAGGGCGCUGCAUCACCACUUCCUCUACUCGCGUUACCAUUCCCACCACCACUCCUCUAUCGCCACUGAACCCAUUACUUCUGUGAUUCAUCCAUUUGCGGAGCACAUAGCAUACUUCACACUCUUUGCUAUCCCUUUGUAUUCAUCUAUGCUAACGGGGAAGGCUUCCAUCAUAUCAUUUGCUGGUUAUAUUAUCUACGUUGAUUUCAUGAACAACAUGGGACAUUGCAACUUUGAGCUCAUUCCAAAAUGGCUGCUAUCCAUAUUUCCCCCUCUCAAGUAUCUCAUGUAUACACCUUCGUUCCACUCUCUGCAUCACACUCAAUUUCGAACCAACUACUCACUUUUCAUGCCAUUUUACGAUUUUAUCUAUGGAACGACGGACAAAUCCUCAGACUCGCUAUAUGAAAGUUCACUUAAUAGAAAAGAGGACACAGCUGAUGUAGUUCAUCUGACGCAUCUAACAACCCCUGCGUCCAUAUAUUCUAUGCGUCUAGGAUUCGCAUCCCUGGCCUCUAAGCCUCACAGUUCGAAGUGGUACCUUUGGUUAAUGUGGCCUGUGACAAUUUGGUCCCUGAUGGUAACUCGGAUUUAUGGACGCACAUUUACCGUAGAGAGAAAUGUCUUCAAACGUCUAAAGUUACAAACAUGGGCCAUUCCAAAAUAUAAGAUCCAGUAUUACAUGAAAUCGCAAAGAGAAUCAAUCAAUAGUUUGAUCGAGGAUGCGAUACUGGCAGCUGAUGAAAAGGGCAUUAAGGUGUUGAGCCUUGGUCUACUGAAUCAGGAAGAAAAACUCAAUGGAAUUGGUGAGCUUUUUGUAAGAAGACACCCCAAGCUAAAAGUCAAGCUGGUAGAUGGAAGCAGUUUAGCUGUUGCUGUUGUACUGAAUAGCAUUCCAAAAGGAACAACCCAGGUGGUCCUUCGAGGGAAUUUGUCGAAGGUUGCUUACUCCAUUGCCCUUGCUUUAUGCCAAAGGGAAAUACAGGUAAAUGCAAUACGCGAGGAUGAGUACAACAAGCUUAAAGCAAGGCUCAGCACUGAGGCUGUAAAAAAUUUGGUUCUGUCUAAAAGCAAUGCUCCUAAGAUAUGGAUAGUAGGAGAUGGACUGAGUGAAGUUGAACAAUUGAGGGCAUCCAAAGGAACAGUAUUCAUUCCAUUCUCACAAUUUCCUCCGAAGAAAAUGCGCAAAGACUGUUUCUACAACAAUAUACCAGCAAUGUUGGCUCCUAAGCAUCUUCAAAAUGUUGACUCUUGCGAGAAUUGGUUGCCAAGAAGGGUAAUGAGUGUAUGGCGUAUAGCUGGAAUACUGCAUGCUUUGGAAGAUUGGAAUGUGCACGAGUGUGGAAAAAUGACGUUCGACAUUGAUAAAAUCUGGCAAGCCAGUAUUGUGCAUGGUUUGACUCCUAUUAUGAUGUCCACCGACUCGAAGCCAUAUUAG